CCCGCGCUCUUCUCGCCUUUGCAGCCAGCGGUUCAUUCCUUCUUUAAAUCCUGCACAUCCCGACUCGCCUGUAGUCGCGCCCUCCUUCACUCUCACUUGUCCGAGAACCCGCUUUGCUCAUUCGCGCCAUGUACGCUGCUACCUUCGUCGCUGCUCUCGCCACGCUCUCCGCCGUGCAGGCGUUGCCCAUGAACACCUGGCACCACGCCCGCAAGGAGAAGCCCUCUACGUACGCCGAGGGCUACCUCGAGGACUACGACGUCUACCAUGCCCGUUACCUCGCCAUCGGCUGCCAGAACCAGCACAACACUCAGUUCUUCGAUGACUGCUGCCACCCCAUGCUGGCGACGGAGAACCUCCACGAUAACCGUGCCGCGUACUGCGACCCGGCCAACAUCUCUUCCUCCGCUGCCGCCCCCUCGUCCACCGCCGUCGAGGCCACGUCCACCUCCUCCAGCGCUGCGCCCGCCGUCACGUCGGGCAACACGCAGGUGACGGAUGGUGACGACGAUGACGAUGGUGACUACGAGGACUGCGAUGAUGAGGAUGAGGGUGACGAUGAGGAGUCCUCUUCUCAGGAGGCCCCGGCUUCGACCAGCUCCUCCGAGCAGGCCGCGCCCACCUCCACCUACGAGGAGCCCGCGACCACGUCGCAGGCGCCGGAGACCACCUCCCAGGCGCCCGAGACUACGUCUACCUCUGAGUCUGCCCCCGAGACCACCUCCACCGGCGGUGACUCUGGCUCCGGCUCUGGUUCCAGCGGCGACCUCACUGGCACUGCCACGUUCUUCUACCAGAACGGCGUUGCAGGCUCCUGCGGCACUGUUCACUCUGACAACGACUACGUCGCUGCCAUGACCCCGACCGAGUACGGCCGUUCUGGUGACAUCUGCGGCAAGUCCGUGCACAUCACGAACACCAAGACGGGCCAGUCUGUCGACGUCAUCGUCGCCGACACCUGCCCGACGUGCUCGACCGGCUCGGACAUCGACCUCUCCGUCGCCGCCUUCAACGCCAUCGGUCUCGAGAACGACGGUGUUGAGCCCAUCUCGUGGCACUACAACUAAGUAACACGUCCCCUGCUUCGACUUGCUAUCGCUUGCUCUGCAUCUACCGAUCCCGUUUUCUUCCUUUCUCUCGCCCCCGGGGCCUAGAAUCGAAGCGGCAAGAGACGACACGAAUCAUUUCACGUAGAAGAUGACGCGUUACACCUCCAGGGCAGUCCG